UCGCAAAUGUGUUGCAAAUGAGAUGAAAGCAAGCUUCUCGUCAGACGAUUAUUGGGUUGUGCAUUGGGAUGGGAAGCUUUUACCGGAUUUGACCGACGGUGGAUCAGGCCAGUUAGUUGACCGUCUUCCCGUAAUUAUUUCUGGAAAAGUAACAGAACAACUGCUUGGAGCACCCAAGAUAGAAACUGGAACUGGAGCAUCACAAGCAGAAGCCGUGUACAAGUGUUUAGUGGAUUGGGGUGUGCAAGACAAUGUGGUAGGAAUGUGCUUUGAUACUACAAGCUCGAAUACAGGACAUAAAUCCGGAGCAUGUACAUUGGUUGAACGAAAAUUAGGCAGACCUUUGAUGAACCUCGCAUGUCGCCAUCACGUAUUAGAACUCGUACUAAAAGCAGCAUUUGAAGAUCAAUUCGGUACAUCAACUAGCCCCCAAAUACCUAUGUUCGAGAAAUUCCGCCGGGAAUGGCAUGCACUUGACCACAGUGAACAUUCCUCAAUUGAAUUUUCUCGAAAUCAAGCAAAGCUAAUCAGCAACCGACAAGAAACUAUUUCGUUCUGCAAAAUGCAGCUGAAGAAUUUUCUACCCAGAGAUGAUUACAAGGAGUUACUGGAACUUGCCCUCUGCUUUCUUGGAGAAGCUCCAAUAAGUUCAUUCAAAAAACCAGGACCAGUACACAGAGCUAGGUGGAUGAAUAAAUGCAUAUAUGCUCUGAAAAUAUAUUUGUUCCGGAAACAGUUAUUGCUAUCUGUUACAGAAGAAAAAUCUCUUGAAAAAUUUUGUAUAUUCAUCGUGACAACAUAUAUUCCUUCAUGGUACACAGCACCGUUACCGUUAUGCGCAGCACGAUGGGAUACACUGUUACUCAAGUCAUUGGCCAAAAGGAAAAAGGAUAGUAUGUGGAAGGCGGCUGCAGACAAAUUCAAGCAACAUUUGUGGUACCUUUCUCCCGAAUUAGUUGGAAUGGCUUUUUUUGAUGACGAUUUAGAGGUGGGAAUUAAAAAGAAAAUGGUCAACACGUUGAAAAGAGCUCCAGAUCACGUUGGAGAUGCUUUGCGUAUAAUAGUUAGGUGGACAUUCGUAAUGUUUUGUACCAGUAUGCCGUUGAUAUGCAAAUCCUUUGGUCCAACGAUAAAUCGAGACACGAUUCAGAGGAUCGUCGCACAGUAUGGCAAGAAAAGAACGAUGCUUCCAUAA